AUUAUUACUUCGUGAACACACAUAAUUACUGAUAUACACAAAAUUGAACAAAUUUUGUUUGAAAAGGCGGGCCGCAGGUUUCUUGAAACUUUGACAGUUCCAAUAUCCAAUUUUCCUUAAUUUGAAGGUUGAAAUACGUUGUGGUUGAGGUUGAAUAGUCGCCAUGAACUCUGGAUUAAUAAAUGCCAAUCCCAUUGUUUAUGGAAAAAAGGAGCGUCGAGCUCGAACUGCGCCAGUUGAUGUGGACGAAUAUGCAGCCGAACCAAUUGACCAACUAGAAAUUUUUGAUCAUAUUAGAGACAUAAAAGAUCCAGAGCACCCUUAUUCUUUGGAAGAGCUGAAGGUCAUAACAGAAGAUGCAAUUGAAGUGGACGACACGAAAAGUCAUGUGAGGGUUGCAUUUACUCCAACAGUUGAACAUUGUAGCAUGGCAACAGUGAUUGGAUUAUGCUUGCGUGUGAAACUUAUGCGCUGCUUGCCACCUCGGUACAAAGUGGAUAUUAGUGUAGCCCCUGGUACUCAUGCCACUGAAGCUGCAGUAAAUAAACAGUUGAAUGAUAAAGAACGGGUAGCAGCAGCUCUGGAAAAUCCAAACCUCGUGGAUAUGGUGGACGAAUGCCUUGCACCAUCUUAUGAGUGAAGAUGAUAGAUCCCGAUGUCCCUUAUUUAUUCACCCUUUUUCCUCGCUAUACUUCUCUCUAGUCAUUUCUUCUCCCUUUUUCCUUCCUAUGUGACGAUUUAAAGUUUUUCUUCGUUCAUUUUCAUGUAUCGAAUCAAUUUUUAUUUUUUAUUUUGAUAAUAAUGUGUGCUUUAAAAAGAAA